UUGACGAAAUGGCGGAGUUGUCGAAAGUUGAUGAUAAUGCUAUUCAGUAUUUUCAGAACUUCUUGUGUGAUGAAAGAAACAAGAAGUUGAUGUCAAUGUUGAGAGGUGUAUUAUCAGAAUUUGGUUUAGGUCUAGCACGUUCCAGUGUGUUUUUUCUCCGAGUAAAUGCAUCAAAUGCAAACUCUUAUUCAUGUUUUAAAAAAGCAUCGGUUGAUACUGAACUACACCGAAAAGAUUCUCGUCCACUGGUUGCACCAUUGUGUUUGUUUUUCUUGCGUGGUUAUGCCACACUUGUGGAUUUUCUGGACAAAUGUAACCCAAAGAUACCAGAUGAUUUAGCUGAACGUCAGGCACUGAGAGAAUUGCUUCAGCUUCUGUCUAAUGCAAAUGAGCUGUCAGUCCUUGUUGAAAAUAAAGGUGAACAAAAAACAGAAUCUGAGGUGACAUUAGCAACAAGACUAGCUCAGCAUUUGUUGGUACCUCUUGUGCCAGAUAAAACCGUCGUAGUUGAUUCCGAUCAGCAUCUACACUUUGCAAGCUGUUGUUCAGUUGGACAUUCAGUGAGUUGUGAGAAGGGAGACACAUCAUUUGGCUGUCCUAGAGGCUGGCAUGGACAGGCUGAUGUCUUAUUUCCGGAUGAUAAAGUAUCACUAAGUGUUGUUGCACCACCAGAAGAUGAUGCUGUAUCAGUGACAUCAGACUCAUCACUUGAAAUUAAAAAAGGUGAAAACUUUACAACAGAAAGUGUUUCGCAAGUAGUAGCACAGACUGUUAUGUGUUCAUUUGUACAACAAAGGAAAAACCCUACACAGCCAUGUGCAUUAGUGCCUGGAAUAGGAAUUUGUUCAGAAAAGUUGAUAGUGUACCUGUAUGACUGUGUUGAAGAUAUAUUACUUACAACUGGACCAUUAGACCUGUAUGCACAAAUGGGUCUGUUCGGUUUGAAUCCCCGUGCUAUUAUAAUUCUAUGGUUAAUUUUGAAUCAUAAACUGUUUAGUAAUAAAACCCCAGAAAGGUAUAAAGGUUACAUGGCAAAUUUUCAUCAUGUACUUGGUCCAGUACAGCUAGAAGCAUAUAAGAAUGAAUCUGAGCAGCCUUUUAGAGCGAGACCAGGUGAGGAAGAGGAUAUAUUGAAAAUUUUUAAUGAAGAGCAUGUUUCUUUUGAAGAUGAUUUGACUGAAGAAAGAAGGAUUCAAUUUCCAGAAAGAAGAUCUGUUUCAUUAAACUGACAAAAUAUGAGCCAUGCCAUGAGAAAACCAACAUAGUGGGUUUGCGACCAGCAUGGAUCCAGACCAGCCUGUGCAUCUGCGCAGUCUGGAUCAUGGUCUGGAUCCAUGCUGGUCGCAAAGCCACUAUGUUGAUUUUCUCAUGGUGCGGCUCAGUUAUACAUUUGUGUUACAUCUUGCAUUCAUUGUCUGCAAUGAUUCAUCUGAAGAACUGGCAGUGAUGGACAGUAUUACUAAAUACUUCCGGAAAGGAAUGCACAUAGUCUUGCUUCUGAAAUAGAUUAACUCUGUUUUUCAUUUGAAGUCAAGGUCGAAGUUUCUGUUGUCUAAAUUAAAAUGAAUUGUGAUGUUUAGCUCGGUUAUAUGAAGUACUAGGGUCAUUCAGUAAAAAUGUUGACUGGUGCCAAAACUUCGAAGAAGAUGUUUAAAGUUUGUAUCAUUUUGAAACAGUGUGUCUCUUCUAUGUAUGUACCAAAUCUGUAUAAUGUUUGUGCUAUGAUCAUCUGUUUAAAUAUAGUGUAAGCUAUGCGGCUCAUGACAGGGACAUCUUAAUAACAUCAGCUUUGUUUACGGAA